GGCCGCGUACUUUUCCAUUGAACGAUCGAGAGGGAACGAGUAAACACCUCAUCGUGAACGUACCUCUAGAGAAACAGACAGAAGAUGCCGAGCAAGGAGCAGUUGUUGUUGUCGUCGAGCUUCCCUUUCGUGGACACGGCGGUGAGCAGCAGCGACCCGGUGGCGGCCGAGAAUCACCCUGCGAUGCGCGCCGAGGCGGCCUUCCUCUCGCAGGACAUGGAGCAGUUGGUGUGCGAGAUCAAGGAGAAUCUCAGGUUAACGGGCUUCAAACACCACCGCGGCAGCAGUCACUCGUCCCGCCGGCUCAGCAGAGCCUCACCCUACCCCACGUCCUUCUCCACGAGCUGCCCGUGCAAGGAAAAGUGCUUGUGCCGAAGGAAACGGACUGCCCACGGCUCGGCGGCCUCGUCCGAGGACCCGUACGAGAGACUGCAGGAGCUGCUCCGGGACGGCAGCCUGAUCAAGGAGGCUGUGAGAAGGCUCAAGAUCGGCUUGUCGCCCAAGCAGAGGUAUUUCUACGAGGACUCUGACGAGUCCACCACCGAGUUCCCCGCGGCCAAGUACGCAUCCUGUGAUAGUUAGAGGUGAACGAAGAAGAGGCCAGCGACCAUUGUUGCAGAUUGUUUCCCGAUCGAUCUAGUGUAUCAUAAAUAUUGUUCUCAUCGUCUGUAUGUACGUACACUUGCAUUUCUCAUCGUAAACCGUGCGAGGAGUGGAGAGUCGGACGGAACAGUAUUUAUUUUUUAAAUAAAUCAAUCAAUUUCCUUCGCUAGUGACUGAAGGAAGGAUUGCUCAGCCGAAAAGAUGAGAAGAGUGGCACGCGCUGAGACUCCGUAGCGGAAGCAGAAGAGUUGUUGUUGAGUAGUCGAAGGCUUGGUUUGGCUUUGUGGUGUGCGAGCCGUAUUUUUGCCGGGCAGGGACGACGUCGGGCCGCGUUUCGGCUGCCGACGUCGGGUCUGCCCCGGACGGCGGCCCACCUUUCACGUGUAUUUACGAACUGUAUAAUUAUGAAUGGAAAAUGUAAUGGUGUUGUAUUUUUUCCUUUCUCUAUCUCUCGAGUGGCUAGUAUGACGUCACGUUUGAGCUACACACACUCACACACACUACUCAUUGAUGUGAAUACUUAACGUGCGGCGGAUCGGUUCGUCUGCCUAGAAAGACAGAAAAGGGUAACUAGAAAAUUUGGCUACGACACACAGCACAGCAUCGGCUAAGCGCGAAUAAUAAUUAUGCAUACGCUGUUUAUCACAUGGUGUCAUAAAUGGUUGGGAAAAAGGACUACUACUUGUCUCUUUCCUGUUGUGAGAAUCAAUUAAUAUUCACAAUGACUGUUCAAAUCAUAUUGUACUGUACCAUAAUCUAGGCAUAUGAUAAUGAUGUAAUUUAUGCAAAUUCAUUUUUCGUUCCCACUUACUGCGAAAUGAAAAUGGAUAUGCUUGAGGAAAAACAAUAAGAAGAGUUGUAUACAAUUUGACGAUGACUAAUUAAUUUGUUUGCAUGUUUUAAUGCAUUUUCUAUGAUAUGAAAUAUAUGAUGAUGAUAUAUAUACACAUAUAAUUUUCCUAUGUUGUAAAAGGAAGAAACGUGACAAAAUAAAAAAAGUUAAAUUAUUAAAACGAAAA